AUGCAUCCUAUUACUGAAAGGCAGCCACCCGUAACCGAAACAUCUGUCACGGAGAUCUCCAGUACUGAGCGUGCGUUUGAGAUAACAACUGAGGCUGUGACAAUAACGGAGACAACUGAGGCUGUGACAAUAACGGAGACAACUGCGGAGACAACGGAGGCUGAAUCAACAAUAACAACAACUGAAGAGAUUCCAACAACCACAGAAGAAUAUACUUUCACUUACAUGGAAGGGAGGGACUGCAACACUACUGAUUGCAGACGUCUGGCGGCGCGCAUGCUGGACAUGAUGGAUAAUGGGGAUAUCAGCCCCUGUGCGGACUUCUACCAGUACGCAUGUGGCGGUGUGGUGGACAACGGCUUCCUCAGACCGGAGAAUCCUCAGUACUAUGUUGAUAGAAUUAUCGGAGAAAAGCUUGCGUCAGUGCAUCCUGAUGACCCGGACUUGGGUGCUGCGAAGGUGUUCUUUGAUGGCUGUCUGCGGACGAGCACAGGCGUGUUAGAACGACUGAGCGAUAGCAUGAAAGUCUUCUCGGCUCUUGAGUCCCUGUGCGACGCGAGCAGCGGCUCGGGCACUUUCGACCUGACCGAAACCUUGACUACGAUGAUGAAGAUGCAUUUCACUCCACUCUUCGACCUGACGUUAGACGUGGAUGGUGAAGAUCCAGACAAUUUCGUUCUCCGGCUUUCGCUGCCGACGUUCACUUCACCUUUCGGCGAGAAUCUGGCGCACACGGUUUGUGUCGGGGAAUACCAUUCCGAGCUGGCAGCCGCCAAACAGCGAGGCGGGGUGUUCGACUUGGACGAACAGUACGACAAGUACAACGAGUGUAUAAGAAGAGGCAAAGGCUCGAAUGCUCGCUACAUGAAAAUGAAGGAAAUGGUGAAGAACAUGGACCUAAUAGGCAAUCAUACUGAAGUUAACAUGACGCAAAGGCUGAAUCAAGUCAUAAUCGACUUGGAUUUCUUCAUUCAGCCAAUUGUGCAGGAAUUUCCCGAGAAGUCAACAUUCCGCCUGCAUAAUUUGGAAAAGAAGUACGAUACAAUGUCUUUGGCUGAGUUGAUGGCUCUGGAUGGAUUCAGCGAGAACAUCGACUGGCAUAAACUCGUAUCCGAUCUGCUGGGCAUCAGUGUCGACCCCAAGAGCAUUAAGGUGCAGGUUUACUUCAAGGAUCGACUGCAGAAAAUCAUCGAGCACGUUAACGAAAAUAUUUACGACGCAUCGAACAUUCAUGCCAUGUUCAUGAUGCUUUGGAGUGAACAGCUGUAUAACGACUUCGUGGACCCCCUCGGGGUUGCCAUGGGCUCUCCCGAUUACUGCCUCCGCAUUGUGAAGAAUCUGAUGCACGACUUCUCGUCUUACCUGUAUCUUGAUGCCUUGGGAGCCAAUCUCGACGAGUAUCAGCAGCAGAUCAACACGAUGGUCCGGCUGACGAAGAAGACGGCCGAAGAGCAGCUGAGGCGAGCGCAUCCUUCCUCGCCCGACAACUUACUCAUCGAGAAGCUGCGCAAAAUGACCGGCGAGACGAUGGACCUCGAGACCUCGAAAAACAUCCUGGCGCACAGCAGGACGGGGGUGAAUAGUACAGGGAACUUCAUUGAAGACUGCCGUACACUCUUGUUACGGUACAGAUCCUACUUAUAUAGUAUGUAUGAAAGAGGACCCUCCAAUCCUGAAGUUAUGUGGAAUCAGUUCCUUCUACCUUACAAAAGUUACGGUACCUACGUCUACGCCAUGAACAAAUUCUUGAUCCCGUACGGUGCCAUGGCAGCCCCGCUCUUCUAUGGCGACGAUGUCCCCCAUUAUGUCAACUUCGCUGGCAUUGGUCACAUGAUCGCACACGAGCUCAUGCACAGCUUUGACGGCACAGGUAUCUACUACGACGGCGAAAGAAGAAACCAGGACAAGAUCUCAGAGAGCCAAGCUUAUGUGCCUCAUACUGAGUGUCUGUCAGAAAAACUCAUUUACCCUCAGUAUGUUAAUACAACAAGUGAUCUUGACACAAACUUUACGCUGCCUCACCGCCUCGCCCUCAACGAGCUCCUCUCGGACUCCGCGGCCACCAGACUGGCUUGGGAAACUUACAUCUCCUUACGUGGACGGGGUGGAAGCAGCCAGCCCAGCCGCCGCCGACGAUCCCUGGACUGGUAUCCCCCAGGAGCUCGAGCCAAACGCCAGGCCGUGAUGCCGCCUCCGGGACCUAUUAAACCCUUGCCUUCGACCAACACUUCGGAGCCAAAACUGCCUUUCCUGGACCUGACACCCAUUCAACUGUACUUCCUCCGCACAGCGCAGACGCAGUGCAGCGCUACCAGUGACAUCAUGUUUAACGUCAAAGAAGAUGAGCAUCUGCCAUCUCGCCUCAGAGUGAAUAUGAUUCUGAUGAACGACCCGCUGUUCGCCGAGGCCUUCCAGUGCCAGGGGGGGGAGCCAUGGUGGCCGACGAGCAGUGCGACUUCUCCUUGGGGUAGAGGAGCGUCUCCAUCAGCUCUCAAUUUGGUAUCAUCCUCAGGAUUUAAAGUAGGGAUGCCCACAAAUCUAAAGAUCAUGUGA